GUCCUAAUCAGAUCAGGCUAUAAUCUAAAACUCUCCACCACUCGCAACAAAGCGCGUGGUAGUUUGAAGAGUUAAUUUCUUCGAAAGCACAAAGUCUUAAGUCUCUCAACUACUUCCAGGGAGGAGAAGGAGAAGAGAAUAUCAUUAAGCAAUAAGGAAACUUCUCUGCAAGUUCCAUCUUUUCACGCGUCUCACAAUCUUCUUCUCUAUAUAACUCUCUCUUCCCCAAAUCCACCAAAACCCACUCAAAUUCGUUUUCUGGGUUUCCUAAAUUCACAAUCUUUCUCUCCAAAUUCGACUCCUUUGAAUCGUUUGAUCUCAAUCCGUCUUUAGGGGUUCUCAAAAAAGUCCUUUUUCGAUCCACCUGAGAAACCAUGGUUCGUUGCAGCAACAACCUCGUAGGGAUACUCAAUUUCGUCGUCUUCCUCCUCUCGAUUCCGAUCUUAGCUGGAGGGAUCUGGCUUAGCCAAAAGGGCUCAACGGAGUGUGAGCGUUUUCUCGAUAAACCGGUCAUCGCUCUCGGAGUCUUCCUCAUGGUCGUAGCCAUCGCCGGUUUAAUCGGUUCGUGUUGCAGAGUCACAUGGCUUCUAUGGACUUACCUCUUCGUCAUGUUCCUCCUGAUCCUCCUCGUCUUCUGCAUAACGGUUUUCGCCUUUGUUGUCACUAACAAAGGCGCAGGAGAGAAAGUCUCUGGGAGAGGCUAUAAAGAGUACAGACUCGGAGAUUACUCUAACUGGUUGCAGAAGCGUGUGAACAACGGUAAAAACUGGAACAAGAUUAGGAGUUGUCUUGCUGAGAGCAAAGUUUGUUCUAAGCUUGAAGCUAAGCUUGUUGAUGUUCCUGUCAACAAGUUCUAUGACGAACACCUUACUGCUCUUCAGUCUGGUUGCUGCAAACCCUUGGAACAAUGUGGAUUCACUUACGUUAGCGCCACGCACUGGAACAAGACGAACGGAACACACACUAAUCCAGACUGCCAAACAUGGGACAACGCGAAGGACAAGCUCUGCUUCGACUGUCAAUCUUGCAAAGCCGGUCUCCUCGACAACGUCAAGAGCGCGUGGAAGAAAGUUGCAGUCGUCAACAUCAUCUUCCUCGUCUUCCUCAUCAUCGUCUACUCUGUUGGUUGCUGUGCUUUGAGGAACAACAGGAGAGACAGCAGUUACAGCCGUACCUAUGGAUACAAGCCUUGAUUUACAACGCUUUUGCGAGUUUUAGGACAGAGAUUCGUUCGUUGUUCGUCUUUUACACAUUAUUGGAGUUUGCUUUUAUCUUUCUUGGUGUUUUUGAGACCUAGUGCUUGUACAGCUCUGCUCUUAUGAUACUACUACUUAGUGUGUUCUGCCUUAUGGCUAAACCUUGAUAUUGAUUUAUUAUAUGUUAUUUUCAUUAGUUUAUUGUUUUCUCUAUUCAUAUCCAUGUUGUUCUUUUGAUCGUCUCGUUGAGAAACAGAGAAGCCACGACUGUGACAAUAAUAACUAUACACAGAGCGAGGCUGUAACAUUAUUACAAUAAUAACUUAAUCGUAGAAAAUUACGAACUUGCACAAAUUGACAGAUACAUGUGCU